GACGACUGCACGGGGGGGGAAGACAUUUAAUUGUUAUUGUUAGCCGCUCUUUAUCAAAAAAUAUCCAGUCAUACAGAAGUGCAUUGACAGACAGAUUUAUUUUUCUAUGCGCAGGAUAAAGACGUUCACGACCACGGAACGCCUGAAAUACACGGGAUCAAUCAAACGGAAAUAUGAACGAUGCAGAAACAGCCAAUAGGAAGCAUUCAAGUUCCCAAGAGUUACAAACCCCCAAAAAUGAGGAUGCAUAUGAAAUCUCCAUCCCAUUUGAGGAGAACAACUAUGAACAGCAGGGUGGCUUUUACAACCAGAACGAUCAAAACUUUGACAGUCAGUGUAAUGAUCCUCCAGCUCCUGCAAGUUCAUACUUGCUGAUCACGAACCUGCGCACACAGCUGCAAAUUUCUCUGGAAAAGAACUCGUGGCUGCAGAAACGCAUAGAAGACCUGGAAGAAGAGAGAGACUUCCUACGCUGUCAACUCGACCGCUUCAUAUUCUCCACCAAGAGUCAGGAGAGCAACGGUAAUGAUUCUCGCAGUUUUUCUUGGAGGAGACGACGAGAAAAUGAACGCGAUCAGCAAGCAGAGGUUCAGCGUUCAGCCAACCGUCAUUCAUUCCCACAGCGGCCUGCUCAGCAGUCCCCAAGUAACGCCAAGGUCAUGAGUACUGCUUCUGGGUCAGUUAGUGCCCAGAUAAGUUCUGUGUUUGGUCCCUCUCAUUCUCAGCCCCUCUUGCACAGUCACGGAGGUGGAGGUAGCAGCAGUGUUGGUAGUAGUAGUAACAACAGAUCUAUGAAUGAUCUACCAGAGUCACUCUCUAUUUUGGGAGAUGAUGAAGAUUAUUUGGAAGACAGCUACCUGGAAGAAGAUGAAAUGAUCUCAGGGGAGGAUGUGAUGGCAGAAAACCUGACUAUAAGGAAUAUGGGUGCUCCUGGAAGGCCCCCUGGGACCCACCCUGCCCUGAAGAGGAGGAGAGUCUUCAGAAUAGCCAGAGGCAGAGAAAGACAGAGAGUGAAAGACGCUGCUGGUGUGUUGUUUCGCUAUAAGAAGAUUCUGGUGACAUACCAGCGGCUGAAGAACAUGUCCAAGGCCUUCCAGAUACAUGGUGUGGACCGUAACACAGUGGCAUCCACAACCCCCAUUGCAGAGCUGCUGCUUGUGGCUCCAGAGAAGCUGGCAGAAGUGGGCGAGUUUGACCCGUCCAAAGAGAAGUUGCUGGACUAUGCACGGCGUUGCUACAUCGCUUUGGAUCCCCAAACCCGCAGCAAAGUUCAAGCACUGAAGAAGAACAAUCUGUUACUUCCAAUCUCUUACAGGUUGAAAGGAGCCGAUGGCCGGUAAUUAGUCUGGAGCGAGUGAUUUCUGACCUGUUGUAUCAUAGUAUCCCUCAUUGUAUUUUAAUGCACCAUAGCGCACACCUCCGCUCUGUCAGCCUCCAUCCUGGUGUUGAGAUCAGGCAUACUCAGAAUCAAAACGUACUGUAUUACCUGUUCUUUUCCACGGCGCACACACAGAGCUGAAAUGGGUUGGGCUUCAAGGAAGACUGUUUAGUAGAUACUGUCAUUUGUAUAUAGAAGUCUGUAUAUUGUGAGAAAUGUCUUACUUGGGCAUGAGCCCCGUACCCUCUAUAGUUCUGUGAUGUCCUAUAUACUGAAGUACUGUAUCAGGGGGUUCUCAGCUACAUUCCAGAAGGCCAGUGUGUUUCCAUCUGUGUGUAUAUGUUUGUGGUACAUGUCCCUCAGCACUUACCUGUACCUUUUUUCUGAACAGUUCAAUGCUAGUCUGAGGGUUACACACACAUGCUCUUUGUUUUAUACUGUGCUAAACUGCACCAACUUUUUUUUGGCCUACAUGGCCUCCUCAAGGUGGAACAUUUUUGCAUUGGUGCAUGUAAAUCCCUGACCCGUGACCUCUUUCUUUUUAGAAAUCACUGACUGUUGAGCAUGAGAAAAAUGUAUAGUGAAAACUCAGUAACUGGGAUCACACCUGAGCAACCAGAAUUGGCAUAAUAGUAUCACAUAGUUCAGAUGUUUGUGUAUAGCUCAUGUAUGUUUGCUCUGAGUGUAUAUCUGAAUGACUAGUGUGUGUGUGUGUGUGUGUGUGUGUGUGUGUGUGUGUGUGUGUGUGUGUGUGUGUGUGUGUGUGUGUGUGUGUUUCGUUUUAAAGCUUAAUACCCAUUAAUACAUGACUGCUCUGAUUUCCCAUAAUUCAGGGAACAGGCAAUAGAUUGCAGAAACAGCAUUCUUCAGCCAUUUCCAUUACCAAAUAUUGUAUUCGUACCUCUGAUGUUACCUUGGUGUUUAUUACCAUUGAUUACGGGUUGGGGCUGCUGAACAUUUCAGUUAUGCCUCAGGAACCAAUCAAUUUCUGCAUUAGACAUUUUAAAAUGUAAAAGGAUAGUCUAGUUAUUCUGUGAUGGUUGAUGUCUGUAGCGAUACACUCAAUAAUUUGUUUCUCUUUUUUGGUAAAUCUCAUCAUGAGCCAAGAAACUGUGUAUUCAGUUCUGUUUUUGUCAUACUGAAACAGAAACAAAAGAAAUGUCCUGUUGAAUUGUCUGAUUAUAAAUGACACUAAAGUGAUUUCCUACUGAA